AUGAUGGGAGCGCAGGCACCGCCCACAGCCGUCCCGGCAUGCACCGGGCCGCGGGCUCCGCCUCCGCGGGACCACAGAGUUGGGACCGUGCGCGAGGCCCACGGUUGGACGCUCGGGAUUCGGGGAUUUCCUCGGAACGCGGGAAGUCGCCCUACAGGCGCGGGAGAAAGCGCAGGUGGUGGCUCGGCAGGAAAAAGCAGGUUGCAGUGCACACUGGGUCAGGCACACGCGAGGGGCAGCCCCCGAAGGCCGUCCCAGAGGCCCCCGCGCCGCCGGGGUCCUAACGAGGUGCACCGUCUUCCGCCGCACGUGGAUUCAGCGCGAUGCCCAAAUCCAAGCGCGACAAGAAAGUCUCCUUAACCAAAACUGCCAAGAAAGGCUUGGAAUUGAAACAAAACCUGAUAGAAGAGCUUCGGAAAUGUGUGGACACCUACAAGUACCUUUUCAUCUUCUCUGUGGCCAACAUGAGGAACAGCAAGCUGAAGGACAUCCGGAGCGCCUGGAAGCACAGCCGGAUGUUCUUUGGCAAAAACAAGGUGAUGAUGGUGGCCUUGGGUCGGAGCCCAUCUGAUGAGUACAAAGACAACCUGCACCAGGUCAGCAAAAGGUUGAGGGGUGAAGUGGGUCUCCUGUUCACCAACCGCACAAAGGAGGAGGUGAAUGAGUGGUUCACAAAAUACACAGAAAUGGACUACGCCCGCGCUGGUAACAAAGCAGCUUUCACUGUGAGCCUGGACCCGGGGCCCCUGGAGCAGUUCCCCCACUCCAUGGAGCCACAGCUCAGGCAGCUGGGCCUGCCCACCACCCUCAGGAGAGGUGUGGUGACUCUGCUAUCCGACUAUGAGGUGUGCAAGGAGGGCGACGUGCUGACCCCAGAGCAGGCUCGCGUCCUGAAACUUUUUGGGUAUGAGAUGGCUGAAUUCAAGGUGACCAUCAAAUACAUGUGGGAUUCACAGUCGGGAAGGUUCCAGCAGAUGGGAGACGACUUGCCAGAGAGCGCAUCCGAGUCUGCGGAAGAGUCAGACUCAGAAGACGAUGACUGAAAGGGACUCAGGACUGAAGGCCUCCUGGAACCUUCUGGGUCUCACUAGACCAUGCAGGACUGCUGCCGCCCCUCUGGAGAGAGCAGCUGUUUAUUUGUCUGUAGACAGGGAACGUGAUGGGCACUGACCUCCUGUAAAGAAUAAAACUCUGGGCCACGUGCGGUGGCUCACACCAGUAAUCCCGGCACAUUGGGAGGCCGAGGCAGGCAGACCAUAAGGUCAGGAGAUUAAGACCAUCCUGGCUAACAUGGUGAAACCCCAUCUCUACUAAAAAUAGAAAAAAAAAUAGCUGGGCAUAGUGGUGGGCGCCUGUAGUCCCAGCUACUCAAGAGGCUGAGGCUGGAAAAUCGCUUCAACCCAGGAGGCGGAGGUUGCCGUGAGCCAAGAUCGGGCCACUGCACUCCAGCCUGGGCAGCAGCAAAACUCCAUCCAAAAAAAGAAUACAACUUUGCAGGAUGUCUGCCCUAGAGACAACAAGAGGGAGAAGAAGACUCUUAGAAAAGAGGCCUUUGGUGAGCCCAGAAGUUUGAAACCAGCCUGGGCAAUUCGGCAAGAUCCCAUCUCUACAAAAAAUUUUUUAAAAGUAGGCGUGGUGCCA